AUGGAUAUGGAAGUGGAAUCGGACAUCAUUGAGGACGGAGGCGCGCCGGGGUUCGCUCCCCAUGGGAAGGCCGUCAUAGCUUGCGCGACCAUUUCGGUCGGACUCGCUGGUCUCAUCGUCGGCCUGCGGUUUUUCGCACGAUUAUAUCCCGCGCGACUGCUAGGAAAGGAGGACUGGUGCAUAUUCAUCGCAUGGGUAUGUCAAGUCUCGAGAUCACGGCCCGACGCCGAGGUGAAGGGCAGGUGCCAAGGCAACCAAGAUACCAGGCAUCUGGGGUCCCUGGGCAUCGAUAUCUUGAACUGGGCUAAUACUCUGGUUAACCAGCUUUUCUCAGCGGCGACUUCUAUUGGCAUGUGCCUUCAGGUCAAGACGGGCAUGGCCGAGGAGUUCUCGACUCUCAGCGUUUAUCAGCAACAAACCUUUUUCAAGUGGGCAUACCUCACUAUAAUAUUCUACAACACUGGCCUCGCCUGCGUCAAAGUCUCGAUCCUCCUUCUCUACCUGAGAAUCCUUAGAGACCUCAAUUACCGUAAGGCAUGCUACGUGGUCCUAUUUCUCGUGGUCUGCGUGUCGCUAUGGACGGUCUUAUCCUCGAUAUUCUUCUGCGUGCCCAUUACCAAGAACUGGGACCGUGCCGUCACUGGCGUCUGCUUCAGCCAGGGCAUUGCCUGGUUCGUCAAUGCCGCUCUGAAUAUCCUUACCGACUUUGCGAUUCUUAUCCUGCCAUUACCGAUUCUGCCCAAGAUCAAGCAGUCUCGCCGGCAGAAGAUUGGGCUAUAUUUCAUCUUUGCGCUCGGCUUUUUCAUCUGCGUUGUCUCCAUCCUCCGUAUACCAUCCCUCAUCGUCGCGAAAUACUCUCGCGACCCAACAUUAGACAGCCCAGGCAUAGCAAAAUGGUCCGUCGUAGAAUUGAACACAGCCAUCGUCUGCGCUAGCCUCAUCACUCUCAAACCACUCGCCAUGCGCUUCUUCCCCCGCAUGCUGGGCUCCAACCGCGGCGACGUCGGCCGACAGCGUGGCCCCGGAUCCGAAGAGAUACCCGCGACCGUAGGUUCUAAGGAAGCGCGAAACGGGGGCGUGAAGCAUGGCCAUGCGCGGGCGGUGUCUGACGGUAGUACCAUCCAGCUAAACCACGAUACCUUUGGAGGGGAUUCGGCGAUGCAUACGCAGCAUACGGAAAUCUCACGACAUAGUUCUGCGGGGACGUCGGAUCUGGAGCAGGGGAUGAAGGCGUCGGCUGUCGAACUCGAAGGAGAUUUGGCGAUACGAACGGAUAAAGCAUGA